AUGAUGAGCCCCGUCGGUCUGCAGCCCGUUCUGACGCCAGCAUUACUUCAUUCGUUGCGCACCCAUCCCCAGCUGCCCAAGCACGUGUGGUACUAUGUGGCUGGUGUGACCCUGUCCGCUCUAAACAGGCCCGAUGAAGUCCCUGCACUCCUCACUUACGCGCUCGAAAAUGGAGCCGAUGCCUGCGCCCCAGCCGCUAAAGGCGUCUCGGAGAGUAGCCAGAGGGCGGACCAGCUCUACGUCGCGAGGCGGAUGAGGGAGGGGCUGCUCAAGUCCGCUGCUAUCGUCGGCGUGCCGAAGGUCAUCAAUGCGAUCCUAGCUCUCAAAAAGGUGACGCCGGAAUACUUGCUCGACCACUCAGACACGCCGUCUCCCUCUGGACGGGCGACAGAGAUCUACGGCACGCCCACAGCCACCGUUUUGGCGCGCGGUCAGACUUUUUUCGAGCGCCUGUACGGCAAGAUCUCGAGACGUGUGAUGGGCCAAAUGGACCGUUCUGGCACGGAGGACCUUGGACUGACCGCACGAUUGAUGUAUGGUUACAUUCUCAGCAACGAGAAGGUGCUGGAUGCGAAGGAGACCAGCUUUGUGGCCAUCGCCGGCCUAAUCCCACAGGAUGUCAACCCGCAGUUGAAAGGGCAUCUUAGGGGAGCUCUCAACCACGGGGCCACCGCUGACGAAAUCAGGGCGGUGCGAGAAAUCGUGAUCAGCAUCUGCGAGGCGGCAGGGAUGAGGACGCUCGGUGGUGAUGCAGUCGGCGGGUGGGGUUGGCGUGAACAGAUCGCGGACGUGUAG